GCUGAUGUGUCCCAACGCAAUUGGGCAAUUUAAGUUACGGGAGGGAGCGUCACUUGAGACGAUCUUGCCCUAAAACCCUCGUCUCCUCCGGUAUGCCACCCUGAGGGGCCGGAGCCCCUCAACCCCUGUUCUCUGCGACGAGAGAGAGAGAGAGAGAUGGAAGCUACGGAGAUGGAUGUGGAGGAACAGUCUCAUAAUCCAAGUCCCAAUUCAAGCUCAUUCAAAAGAUUCGGACUCAAAACCUCUAUUCAGACUAAUUUUGGCGACGAUUACGUUUUUCAAAUCGCUCCCAAGGAUGAUUCGACGUUAAUGGCGGUUUCUUUGUCAACCAACUCAGUCAAAUUGUACUCGCCCACGACAGGACAGUACAUAGGAGAGUGCAAAGGUCACUCUGCAACUAUCAACCACAUCUCCUUCUCAUGUCCAUCAAACCCAGAUGUUUUGCACUCUUGCUCGACGGAUGGGACCAUCAGAGCCUGGGACACUCGUACAUUCAAGCAGGUGUUUGAUAUAAGGGUUGGGAAUUCUCAAGAGAUAUUCAGCUUUGCAUUUGGUGGGUCGGGCGAUAAUCUUCUUGCUGCUGGUUGUAAAUCUCAGAUACUUUUCUGGGAUUGGAGGAACAGGAAGCAGGUUGCUUGUUUGGAGGACUCGCAUGUUGAUGACGUGACUCAGGUCCUCUUCAUCCCUGAUCAUCAAAACAAGCUUGUUUCUACUUCAGUAGAUGGCUUGAUGUGUAUCUUUCGCACCGAUGGAGAUAUCAAUGACGAUGAUAAUCUGGAAUCAGUGAUUAAUGUGGGAACUUCAAUUGGAAAGGUGGGGUUCUUUGGAGAGUCUUAUCGAAAGCUCUGGUGUUUGACACACAUUGAAACCUUAAGCGUGUGGGACUGGAAGGAUACGAGAGUUGAAUCCAACUUCCAGGAUGCUCGUUCAUUAGCCUCUGAUAGCUGGACAUUAGAUCAUGUUGAUUAUUUUGUUGAUUGCUUCCGAGGAGAAGAUGAGCGUUUAUGGGUGAUUGGUGGCACAAAUGCUGGCACCGUGGGCUUCUUUCCCGUGACAUACAGAGGAAUGGGAGGAAUUGGAGCUGCAGAAGCUGUUCUUGAGGGUGGACACACAGGCCUCGUGAGGAGUGUGCUGCCAUUUUCAAAUGCAGCAGGCAUUUUUGGAUGGACUGGGGGCGAAGAUGGGCGUUUGUGUUGCUGGUUGUCUGAUGAAUCAUCUGAGAUAAACCAUUCCUGGACCUCAACUGCCUUGGUCAUGAAGUCGCCACACAUAUCUCGCAAGAAAAACAGGCAUCAUCCUUACUAGCUGGCUAGGUUGAUUGGUUGUCUUGUGCUUUUUUAUUUUAUUUGUUUAUUUUUCCUGUUUGAAGGCGUGGGUGUGGGGUUUCAAAGGAUGGAAAUUGAAUGUGUUUUUGUACCAUUAAUGUAAUUUCUCUCUAUUUUUAUAAAUUUAUGAAGCGCAAGAGAACAUAUUAUUGUAGGGAACGGUAUGAGAUUACAAAAACAGACUUAAUUGUUUGGAGGGGAAAAUAAAAAAGAAAUUUAUUC